AUGGCCGCAACUUUACACAACAAAGAGGGCGAGAACGAGCUUGGGCCCGGACACAACGCAGCGUCAGCGACGCCACAGGCUGCUUCUUUCACAGGAGUAGUUGUUGCGCCGGACGAUGAAAAGGAUCCUCGCUUUUCUUCCAGCACCUCAGGCGCCGAUUCUAGCGGUAAAACGCAAAACGACAACGCUGAUCAAAUUGAAUCUAUUCAGCGAAGAACAAGAUGGUACUCCAAGCUAAAUCCGCUCAGGCUACGGCGACCACCUCCAGUCCCAAAGGAGCGAAGCGUAUCACGAGAGUCAAAGGCAGGAUUUUUCAGUGUCAUUACUUUCCAAUGGAUGAGUCCGCUGAUGAUGACGGGUUAUCUUCGCCCACUUGAGCUGCAGGACAUCUGGGUUGUAAGUCCGGAAAGAUCAGUAGACAAUCUAUCGGAGAAAUUGGAUGCCUCAUUCAAACGGCGAGUCGACCGUGGAGACCGCCACCCACUGCUCUGGGCUAUCUAUGAAACUUUCAAAUUCGAAUUCUGGCUUGGGGGCAUAUGUCAGCUCUUUUCGUCCCUCUUACAAGUCUUCACGCCGUAUCUGACGCGAUAUCUGAUUGCAUUCGCUACCGAUGCGUAUAUUGCAAGAUUUACGGACCGCCCACAGCCACCUAUUGGACGUGGGAUCGGCCUUGCAGUUGGCAUAUGCGUGAUGCAGGCCUUUCAGAGCUUGUCGACAAGCCAGUUUUUCUUUCGGGGAAUGAUGGUGGGCGGACAAUCUCGGGCAGCGCUUGUCAAUGCCAUUUUUGCAAAGGCAACAAAGAUUUCUGGCAGAGCAAAAGCUGGUGGCAAGGGUAUGGAAAAGAACCCCAACGAAGCAGGGGGAUCUGAUGCAGCAGAUCUCCAGAGCGCUAGGGACGAAGUCAUGCAUGAGAUAUCUCACAAGAAAUCCGGAAAAAAUAAACCUGGACCCAAGAUGUCAGCCAAGACCGCAGCCGAUAUUGCCGGUGAUGGAAGUGGAUGGAGCAAUGGCAAGAUUGUAGCCUUGAUGAGUAUUGACACUGACCGAAUCGAUAAGGCAUUGGGACUGUUCCAUCUUCUCUGGACGGCUCCGAUUAUUAUUAUCGUGGCCCUUAUCCUGCUUCUUGUCAAUAUCGGCUACAGCGCUCUUUCAGGAUACGCCCUACUGAUGCUAGGUGUGCCGGUGCUUACCUACUCGAUCAAGUCGCUGAUUGUGCGUCGUAUCCGUAUCAACGCAAUAACAGAUCAGCGAGUGUCCCUUACGCAGGAGAUUCUGCAAGCUGUCAGAUUUGUCAAGUUUUUUGGCUGGGAGAGCAGUUUUUUGGAUAGGCUGAAAGGCAUACGGAAGCGAGAGAUCGCUGCUAUCCAAUUCGUUAUGUCCAUUCGGAAUGCUAUUUUGUGCGUCUCACUGUCGCUUCCUGUUUUCGCUUCGAUGCUGGCUUUUAUCACGUAUUCCCUCACGGAUCACAAGCUCACUCCUGCGCCGAUUUUCUCAUCCUUGGCCAUCUUCAACACUCUACGCCUGCCACUAAACAUGCUUCCUUUGGUAAUUGGCCAAGUAACAGACGCGUGGACGGCGAUCUGCAGAAUCCAGGAGUUCCUUCUCGCUGAAGAACAGAAGGAGGAUAUCAAGUGGGAUCCCACCAUGGUGAAAGCCCUGGAGCUGAAAGACGCUGCGUUUACGUGGGAGCGAUUGCCCACUGACCCGGAAAAUGAAAAUGACAAAGCGAAAGGUGCUAAGAGAGGGAAAAAGCAGAAGGCGUUUCAAACACCCAUCGAACGGAGUGAUCAAGCAACAGACUCUGGGAUUCACAGCCCGGCUGAGCCAUUCAAACUCACUAACCUGAACAUUUCUAUCGGGCGAAACGAGCUUAUUGCAGUCAUAGGGACAGUGGGCUCGGGGAAAACAUCACUCCUGGCUGCAUUAGCAGGAGAUAUGAGACUGACUGCCGGGGGAGUGGCGAUGGGUGCAUCAAGAGCUUUUUGCCCUCAGUACGCAUGGAUUCAAAACGCAAGCUUGAAAGAUAAUAUUCUCUUUGGCAAAGAAUACAAUAAUGCUUGGUACAACGAGGUUGUCGAAGCUUGUGCACUUCGAGCAGACCUCGAUAUGCUCCCUGCUGGAGAUAGAACGGAAAUUGGCGAACGAGGUAUCACUAUCUCUGGAGGACAGAAACAGCGGUUGAAUAUUGCGAGAGCUAUCUAUUUUGAUGCCGAACUUAUCCUGAUGGAUGAUCCCCUCUCUGCGGUUGAUGCCCACGUAGGGAGGCAUAUUAUGGACCACGCGAUCUGUGGUUUGCUCAAGGACAAAUGCCGAAUCUUAGCUACUCAUCAGCUCCAUGUUCUAAACCGCUGUGAUAGGAUUAUUCUUAUGAAUGACGGACGCAUCGAGACCGUCGACACGUUUGAUAAUCUAAUGCGCGAUAGUGAAACAUUCCAGAGGCUGAUGGCAACAACAUCGCAAGAAGAAAAGGAAGAUGAAAGAGAAGAGGCCGACGAAGUUGAAGUGGAGCAAAAACCAAACGAGAAAACUAAACCGAUUAAACAGCCUGUCAUGCUCAUGCAACAGGAAGAACGGGCAGUCAACUCUGUGAGCUGGGGAGUGUGGUGGGCAUACAUCUCUUCCUUUGGAUGGCCCACCAACUUCCCUUUGAUUGUUAUCUUGCUAGUUCUCUGCAACGGCGCGAAUAUCGUGACAAGUCUGUGGCUGUCCUACUGGACAUCGGAUAAAUUCAGCCUCCCUCAGGGUGAAUAUAUGGGUAUUUAUGCGGCCCUAGGAGCCUCACAGGCCAUUUUAAUGUUCGGUUUCUCCACGAUACUCACGACAAGCGGGACGAAUGCUAGUAAGACAAUGCUGCAAAGGGCCAUGACACGGGUGUUAAGAGCUCCGAUGUCCUUCUUCGAUACUACCCCUCUUGGUCGUAUCACCAAUCGCUUUUCGAAGGAUAUCCAUACCAUGGAUAAUGACCUUUGUGAUGCGAUGCGUAUCUAUUACUUGACGUUUACCAUGAUCGUCUCGGUCAUAAUACUCAUCAUUGUCUUUUACCACUUCUUCGCAGUUGCGCUCGUUCCACUUCUUGUUCUUUUCCUUUUAGCGGCAAAUUUUUAUAGGGCCUCUGCCCGGGAAAUGAAACGACAUGAAGCCGUUCUUCGAUCUGUGGUAUUCGCACAGUUUAGCGAAGCAGUCUCUGGCACUGCUUCCAUUCGAGCAUACGGUCUUCAGAAUCAUUUUAUCCGUCGUAUUCGCGCGGCGAUUGAUAACAUGGAUAGCGCGUAUUUCCUCACUUUCUCCAAUCAACGGUGGUUGAGCGUCAGAUUAGACGCGGUCGGCUGCCUCAUGGUUUUGGUCACCGGAAUUCUAGUGGUGACUUCGAGAUUUGACGUUGAACCCAGUAUCUCUGGAUUGGUCUUAUCUUAUAUCCUAGCUAUCUUCCAAAUGCUGCAAUUUACCGUGCGUCAGCUGGCUGAAGUUGAGAACAACAUGAAUGCCACGGAAAGAAUACAUUAUUACGGGACUCAGUUGGAGGAAGAAGCUCCACUUCAUCUACGUGAAUUGGAUAUCAGCUGGCCACAGAAGGGGGAAAUCAUCUUUUCUGACGUGAAGAUGCGAUACAGAGAAGGUCUUCCCCUUGUCCUUCAAGGACUCAACAUGGAGAUCCGUGGUGGUGAACGAAUUGGAAUCGUUGGGCGGACAGGCGCCGGCAAGUCGAGCAUUAUGUCUGCCCUGUUUAGGCUCACAGAACUUUCCGGUGGAAGUAUCAGAAUUGAUGGUAUUGAUAUCUCCACAGUAGGUCUCAAUGACCUCCGAUCCCGGUUGGCCAUUAUUCCGCAAGACCCAACCCUUUUUCGAGGGACCGUAAGGUCCAAUUUAGACCCCUUUAAUCAAUAUAGCGAUCUCGAACUCUGGUCCGCCUUGCGAAAAGCGGAUCUCGUCGGAGAAGUGUCUAGCGUCACCGGGCCCAAGCAGGAAUUCACAGAGUCGCACGAGAACGUUCAGCAGCAACAUCAGCAACAACGUAUUCAGCUCGAUUCUCCCGUCGAAGAAGAAGGCCUAAACUUCUCUCUCGGCCAACGACAACUGAUGGCCCUCGCCCGAGCCCUUGUUCGUGACUCCCGCAUUAUUGUGUGCGACGAAGCAACUUCCUCCGUGGAUUUUGAAACGGAUCAAAAGAUCCAAAAGACCAUGGCGCAGGGGUUCAAAGGCAAGACAUUGUUGUGUAUUGCUCAUCGACUCCGCACGAUUAUCAAUUAUGAUCGUAUUUGCGUGAUGGAUCAGGGACGGAUUGCGGAAUUUGACACCCCGAUGGCACUCUGGGAAGCUCAAGGGAUAUUCCGCAGCAUGUGUGAUCGAAGUGGAAUUGUUAGAGAAGACUUUGUUACGGACUAA